AGCUAAUUAACAAUGAGACUUUUAAUUGCUUUAAUUGUUUUAUCGUCCUCUCUCGCUUUGGAGAGGAAAACCUUCGAAGGUUAUAAGAUUGUAAAGGCUUUUCCUGAAAAUAGCGAGCACUUACAAUGGCUAAACCACCUAAAGGAUCAGAAUGUUGAUUUCUUACAACCAGCAACCAAGGAAGGGAGACAAGCUAUCAUGCUUUUGAAUCCUCAACAAUAUAUUUUUACUAAAACUGCUUUUGAUUCCAUUAAUCUCUCUAUAGACAUUCUAUAUGAUAAUGUGGAACGCCAUCUUCAAGAAAUGUGGAAGCGGUUGAGCAAAAAAAAAGCCUUUGAUAUCAAUGAUUAUAAUUCCUUUGAGGACAUAAAUCAAGGGUUAGAUGACUUUGUUGGGAGCUGCCCAUCAGGAGCAUCUUGUAAUAUAGAAAAUAUAGGAAGCUCUACUGAAGGAAGACCAUUGAGAGUUUUUAAAAUAAGUAAAUCAGGUGCCAAUAGGAAGAUUGUAUUUUUCGAUUCUGCCAUUCAUGCCAGAGAAUGGCUAGCGCCAGCCACGAAUUUAAAACUAUUAGAGGCUAUUCUAAAGCAAGACACUCAAGAUGCCAUAAACUUGCUCAAUAAAUAUGAUUUUCAUUUUUUAAUUAUUCAUAACCCUGAUGGAUAUGUAUACUCAUGGGAAGUUGAUAGGUUUUGGAGAAAAAACAGAAGUCCAAAUGCCGGUAGCUUUUGCAUUGGAACUGAUUUAAACCGUAAUUUUGAUGUCAACUGGGGCACUGAUGGAACUUCCACUAAUCCUUGUUCAGAGACUUAUGGAGGAAGCUCAGCAGCAAGUGAAGUAGAAACUCAAGCUCUCCAGAACUACGCUCAACGUGUGGGUGAUUCCGUUAUUGUUUGGACCUCUAUCCAUACAGCGGCUCAAAUAAUUUUGCAUCCGUUUGGUCAUACAGAAAAUGGAAUUUGUGUGAGAGCUGAAGAUCACGAUGACUUGUACCGAGUAGCUAACGCAUUUGCUGAUGCUAUAGAAAACACCUAUGAUACACUAUGGACGAGAGGGAAUUCCUGUGAAGAAAUUUAUCCUACCUCUGGAAGUACAAGUGAUUAUGUUAAGGCAGUAGUGAAUAUCAAAUAUACAUACACACCAGAACUUAGAGGUCCAGGGUUCAAUCCCGGAAAAGAAGCAAUUGAACUUAGCUCUAAUGAAAUAUGGAAUGGUGUGAAAGCAAUGAUCUCGGAAAUAGAAGCUGUUGAAAAGCUAUAA